AUGAAUACAAUAUUUACAAUUAUUUUAACAAUUACAAUAUUAGUAUUAUCAUUAAUAUUAAAAGAUUUAUUAUUUGAAGGUAGGAUUAAAAAAAUUAAUAAAUUAAUACCUGGUCCUUCUACAAUUCCAGUUUUUGGUAAUUUAUUACAAAUUAACGCAAAAGAUUUCCCAAAAAGUGUAAAUGAUUUCUAUGAAAGAUAUGGCAAAGUUUUUAGAUUAAGAUUGGGUAGUGUUGAAAUUGUUGUUCUAACAGGGCCUGAAGUUAUUGAUGAAUGUUUUAAUAAAAAACAUAGAGAAAUUUUCAAAGAAAGAUAUAUUAAAUUCUCAAGAUUUUUUGGUAAAGAUUAUAACAUUAUUUCUUCAAAUGGUGAUUAUCAUUAUGUUCUAAGAGGAAUUCUUACAAGUGAAAUUACAACAAGAAAGUUAAAUAAUGGCAGAUUAGAAUCAAAUAAAUUUAUUUUAGAAAUGUUUAGUAAUCUUUGUAAAGAUAAUAAAGAAACUCUUGUUAAAAAUACACCAAAUCAAAUUAGGAUUCUUGCUGUUAAAUUAAUAUUAAAUUUCACAUUAGGAAUUGAAGAGAAUGAUGAAACCAUUCUAAUCAUUGUAGAAAAGAUUAAAUGCAUUUUUGAAGCUGCUGGAUUAUUAAUUUACUCUGAUUAUUUACCAUUUUUAUUUCCAUUAGAUAUAAAAUCAAUGUCAAAGAAUGAUAUUAUUUCUAGUUACUUUUUUUUAAAAGAUUUUAUAGGUAUAAAACUUGAUGCUAUUAAAAUUAAAUAUGAAAAAGAAAAUGAAUUGAAAAAUGAAACUACUGAUGAAACAUCUUCAAAACUAAACAAUAUUCCAAUUAUUGAGAAUUAUUAUAAAAAUUAUUUAGAUGGUUCAAUUCAUUAUGAUUCAAUCUUGUUUUCAAUUUCUGAUAUUAUUUUUGCAGCAGUUGAUUCAACAUCCAAUGGGUUUAGUCUUUUAAUUGGUCAAUUAAUUAAUAAACCUGAAAUUCAAGAUAAAAUAUAUGAAGAAAUCAUGAGAAAUGAUGAAAAUAAUAAUACAAAUAAUAUAUCAUUUGCUGAUCAUACAAAAUAUCCAUAUAUUAUUUCUGUAAUGAAUGAAUCAUAUAGAUAUAAUUCUUCAGUACCAAUAACUGAACCGAAUAAAACAACAGAAGAUGUUGAAGUAAAUGGAUAUAAAAUUGCAAAAGGUACAAUGAUAAUUAAAAAUCUUCGUGGUACACAUUUAUCAAAAGAGUUUUGGGGUGAAGAUGCUUUAGAAUUUAAACCAGAAAGAUUUAAAAAUCAACCUUUAUAUCAAAAAGGACUUUUUCAUUUUGGUGCAGGACCUAGAGGUUGUCCAGGAGGAAGAUUUACAGAAUCUUUGACUUUUACAUUUUUGGUGAUAAUGUUAAAGAAUUUUAAAAUAGUCAAUCCAACUGAUAUUCCAAUUGAUGUUGAAGGAGAAGUUGGUUUGGCAAUGCAAUGUAAACCUUUUGAUGCCUUAUUCAUAAAACAUACAAAUAGAAAUGACUUUUCAAAGAUUAAUAAAGGUUUAAAUCAACAAUGUUUCACAUCAAGUAGUCAAUUUCCAACAUGUUAUCAAACUGAAUUUUUUGAAUUUGGUUUCAAUGGUAAUUUUCAACUCAAUGAUGGUAUUGAUUGUAGCAGUGGUGUCCAACAAUUAUCAUUCUUUGAAAAGGGUUUCGUUUUUAGAGUUGAUCAUUUUUUAUUUGAAUUUUAA